UAACAAUCAGGAAACAUCUCUAUGGAGAAAUAAAAAGAAUAAAAGCAAGAAUUUUAUUGGCAAAUUUCAAUUCAGUUAGAAAACACUAUUUAGUGAUUAUUUCCCUAUCCAAACUUUAUUCCAAUUCUUAACUAACACAGAACAGAUUGCUAGGUAAAAUCAACCUAAAAAUUCUCAAUCAAACACAAUUACCAAUUCUUUCAGCUAACAAGUAGUGGCUAUCUACCAAAGCUGUUAUGAACAAUCCACUAACUUUUCAUUAAUAUCUCACAAGCAAUUGAAUUAGCGGAAAUCUUUCGAAUUUUUCUUCUGAACGUUGAUCACCUAACUUUUUCACAACAAGCAAUGCAGAGCUCCUUAAACAGUCAGUCGGAUAUAUUUCUGGAUCAGGAAGAGCCAGAGGAAAUCAUGGAAGACGAGUCUGAAGAUGUUGGGAGUCCAGAGUCCCGUGCAACAUUGGACAAUGGUGAUGGCGAAGAUGCGGCUCCUGGAUAUGGCGUCAUGGGGCCGAGCGACGAAGGGGAUGAUGCCCAUGGUCACCAUCCAGAUGAACAACUUAUAAAUGAUUCGUCAAAAAUGGAGAUUCCGUCGAGCGUAAGUGACUCACAACCUCAAAACGACUAUUUUAACCAACACUCAAAGACUCCUGGAGUUCAAAGACACCUGUCAGAUGACUGGAGUGAACAAAAUGGGUCCUCAGAUCUGAAUGCUGAGCAACUUCACGAAGAACAGUCUAGAGUAAAAAUGACACCACCUAAUGCCGAGUUCGUGUCGGAAGUGAAAAUUGAGACGCGACAGGCCGACAACAUUCCGGCUUCGGCUCUGAAUCCGAACCUUCAAAGUUUGGGAAUUGAUGCUGCGACUCAAAAACUACUGACCGAAAAGUAUCUGCAAAGUUACCUAUCAAGCGUGCAAGAUGUAACAUCAACUAAUGCUAGCCUGAAUGCGUAUGCGAGCCUGCAGAACUCACAAAUGCAACAAGAGCAGCAACGUCAAGUUCAACAAGUGACGCAAUACCUGCAAAGUGUGUUUCUGCAACUCGCAAUGGCAUCCUCGAAUAAUACAGCUGGCAACGGGUUGUUCCAACCGGGUCAAAAUACCAAUGGAGGAGGCGCAGGCGCCUUGUUGCACCCUUAUUCAGGUCUUCUACUUCAAAAUCAAUACUCAUCGUUCUCCAACAUGCUCGGAAUGCACCAAAACUUAAACCCCCUGUCGGUCAAUUCGCUGAUCAACAAGCACUCACCCACCAACAACAAUAACAACAACAGUCUCAAAAUCCCCACACAAAUCUCAGCCACAAACAACCACCAGACGUCGCCGCUUGCUUUCAAAAAUGAUCCGCAGUCUUCCCCAAAUUUAUCAUCUCAAUUCUUGUCAAACUUGCUGGGCUCAACGAAUAGUUUACCUCCAAACUACCCACUGACUUUGGGCAUAGGCCAAAGUCCAGUCAUUACCAACCAUAACCCAACCGGUUCAUUUUUGAACUCUGGUUUCAAACCGCAACCUUGGGAUUUGGGAAUCAAUACUGGAAUGGCAAGUUUUCCCCUGUUGAAACGAAAGGCGCAUAUGAGUUCUGAUAUGAGUCAUCCAGCGUCGGAUUUGAUCAUGCCGAAGUUGAUCAAAGCCGAGUCUGAAAGAUCGCCGAUUGACACGAAGAACGUGAAAAAUUUGCCAACUGUGAGCAAUGGAGACAGUCAUAAUUCAUACAGACAUCGCUGCAAGUUUUGCAAAAAGCCAUUUGGCAGUGACAGUGCACUUCAGAUCCACGUGCGAUCACACACGGGGGAGCGUCCUUUCAAGUGCAACAUCUGUGGCAACCGAUUCACCACCAAGGGCAACCUCAAAGUCCACUUCCAGCGACACAAGGCCAAAUACCCAUCCGUGGAGAUGAACUCCAAUCCAGUUCCAGAAUAUCUGGACGCCAACUUUCCGACCCUCCUCUCCUCAUUCCCAGAAAACCCAGUCGGGUCUUCCGGCAAGCCGACACUUCUAAACCCAGUUCACCCUACUUUGAGCCACCUCGGACUGAUAGGUCGAUCCGGUUGCUCUCAGUCUCCGACAACUCGAGCCGAGUGCUCAGGGGCGUUCGAUCGUUGUCCCAGAACGUCGGCAAACCAAGUAAUUGGAAGUCCUCAGAUAUCCAAAUUGGAUCCAUCGGUAUCGCAAAGUCCAGAUAUUUCACCCCUGGCCAUUCUAUCGAGCAUAGCAGACGACCCAAAUUUGAAACUGAAGCUGGCGCAGGAUUUGGAGGCAAUGAAAACGAAAGACGAGACUAGCUUCAGUGAUGACGAAGACGACAGCGAUUCGGACCAGGUGUUCGUUGAUCCCAGUCAGCAGCCGAUCAAUUUGACUACUUCAGCUGGUCAAAACGAAAACAGUGAUGAAGAUGAAGAUUCGUUGGAUCAAAUGAAGCUACCGCCCCUACAGGUUCUACAUGUGAACCCUGAAGAUGGAAGCGACUCGGUAGCCAACCAGAUUGCGGCAACGGCAGCCGAGCAGUACAAGCGAGAAAGUAUCAACCAAUCAGAGUUCUCAAACGUGAACUCAUCAAGUGAGACGAUGAAACUUCAGGCGCUAGUUGACAAUAUUGAAACUAAAAUGGGAAUUCACUCCAAGGAAUUUUCGAGUCAACAUUUGCCGCAGACCGCUUGCGUUUGCAACGUCUGCCAGAAAGUUCUCAGCUGCAAAAGUGCACUGAAAAUUCAUUACCGCAUACACACUGGCGAAAGGCCAUAUAGCUGUGAAAUUUGUCAGCGAAAGUUCUCCAGUCGAGGAAACAUGAAAUUGCAUCAAGAGACUCACAAGGAGUCACACAUGCACCUUAAAAGUCAACAACUGAACCAGUGCCAUGUAUGCUACAUGCACUUCGACACUUCAAAUGCCCUUGACUUACAUAUGAAGGAUCACACCGUUGAAAACACGUACAAAAUGCACCCAUCUCUCCAGGAAACAAGCGAUUCGACUAUUUUGAACUUUUCUUCCUCGUCGCUGAAAAGUGCUUUCGAAAAAAUGAAGCAAGAGAAUGGAGACUUUGCGAUCAACGAAAGCGAGUCAAAACAAUCUACCGAUUCUGACUGUGAUAAUUUGAACUCAAUUAAAACCGCAAACUCGCAGAAUGAAGGUGAAAACUCAGAUGGGGCGGAAAUUUAUUCGAUGCUAAAUGAGGACGAAGAUGAAAAAGGUGUGAAAAAAGAGUCGGAAUCGCCUCUUGGAUAUUCAGGAGAUUCUAGCAGAGUUUCGCCAUCUGAGAACUCUCAGGGUCAAAAUGAAUGUUCCCCGCAUCAGUUUUAUCCCGUUGGUAGUUCGGCCAAACAACACGUCUGCUUAACAUGCUCGAAGCCAUUUUCAUCGGCAUCAGCACUGCAGAUACACACACGUACUCACACAGGUGACAAGCCGUACAAGUGUGCAAUUUGUCAACGGGCUUUCACGACGAAAGGUAACUUGAAAGUUCACAUGGGAACUCAUAUCUACAAUGGACCCAGUAGACGAGGGCGUCGAACUUCAAAUGACCCCGUAGGUUUGAACCCAGUCGGGAUUCCCGGGAUCGAUUCGGCAUCCGCACCCUACUUUCGUUCCUUGCCGGUAUCCAAUCAAAAUCAACUUGUCGCUAAUCCGUCAUCAAUUUUAGCAGCCGCUGCUGCCGCUUCGAGUUUGUUUCCUUUCUACAACGUCCAACCUGAACUUAAUCGGAACCUGAAUCCGAGUGUGAACACUAAUUCUGCUGGUUUAAGUUCACGAUUUGAUUUCACACUUCCCACAUCGUGGGGUAAUGAUGCAAUGAACAAGUUAUUACGUAAUACACCUGGUAACAACUCUGAAGCAAUUGCUGCGUCACAAGCUAGUUACAUAACUUCGAGCAACUUUGUCAAAAAAGAUUUUGAACCAAAAGAUCGAAGUAUCAUCACAAGCCCUAAUCAAGCUACUACAAGCGUUUCAAUUGCUAACACAAACUCUUGCUUCCCUAAAUCUUGUGAAAACCAAAUAUCUGCAGCGCAGAAUAGUAUUUUAAAUGCCCUUUUGAAAACCUGACCUAAAUGACAUUUUGUCCAAAACUUAGUUCUAAAUUUUGCGUGAAAUUUAUGCAAUUUGUACAGAAUCAGCAAAAAAAAUUAAAGCGCUUUAGCGUUUACUUUUGUAGCUUCUUUAUCCUAACUUCUCGUAUAAAAUUGUAUCUCAAAUCAUCUUUAUCUAAAUCACAAAAUCUCACAUUCCUAUACUUUAUCUAUUUGUUUGAUGUUUAUUUUAUUUUGCAAAACACUAAAAAUUGUGUAUUCGAACUUUAUUGCACUAAAUUCAAGUUAAUAGUUGAA